GGUUUUCUUUUUUUUCCCCUCUCGUAUUUUCUCCCUGCUUAGUCUCUCUCUAGGUGAUUUAUUCUGGCCUGGCUGUGAGUUAGGACCCUCACAAAUCAAACAUCUUAGGGCCUUGGGUCAUGAAGUUAGGAUAGUGCUUCGAUCAUAUAUCCGUACGGCAAUGAAUUCUUACUUUGCGGCCCCCUUUUUGCCGCAAUAUUCGGCCGAAAGUCAUUAUAUGGCUAAUGGUUAUGGGCCUUCUACGACCACUAACUAUGGACAUUAUUCUUCGCGCUUCUCUGACCAUGUUAGAGGAUACCAACCAACGUCCAACGGUGCUUACGGAGGUGUAUGUGCAGCUGGGGCUACCGGUCAUCACGCAGGAGUAUCCAGUUUAUCUGAAUCUUGCGCAUCGCCGUACAGUUCUUACCACGUUCAGAAGUCGUCUGGUAUCCUGCAUACUUCGCCCUACUCUGGAGUUAGCCCGGUGAGUGGACACCAUGGAAACUUAGGGUCACCAAACGACCUGACGGGGUCGUCUGGCUACCCUAUCACACCGGCCCACUCGCACAACUCUUCAAUACACCAUACGCCGCUGUUGCACGAGAAGUACAAUAAUAACAACAUCAACAGCAACAAACAUGGUUCCACUUCGGCUACGUCGGCUACGUCUUACUCUCAUCACCAUGGCUUGCACCAUCACGGGGAGCCUGGCAACAGCAACGGGCUUGUCACUGGCCACAGCAGCGGCAACACUGGACUUACAGGAGCGGAGACGCCGCCGCUGGUCAACUCACAUCAUCAUCACAUUACACCCACCACCAACCAUCACAGUCAACACCAUCGUCCAAACCACCACACACCGCAACAGCAGCAGCAGCAACAACACCACACGCAACAGCAGACACCACAUACCAACAGCAAUCACCACGCAACAACAAAUACCAACAACGCUGGACCACCCAGCGGCGGCACCACUCAACAUGCCGCCCUAUCAAGCUCAAACAACAGUGCCACCACUGGCGCCAAUAUCACCUCAACCACCCAGCGGCCACAACAAAACGGCUAUCUCGGAGGAUACAGUUCAAACCUAGAGUGGCCCUCUCAUGGCCACAGUCAUAUAUCAACACCGUCUCCAACACGGAGCCAGCAUAGCCCGUUCGGGAGCCCCGGGGAGCCAAAUGCGCUCAGCUCAUGUUCUCUGAGCCCUAAAGCAGGAAGUGACGAUCUUAACAAUCAUCAACAACCACCUGGCUCCGCGAAUUCUUCUCCAGAACAACCUGCACCCUUUUAUCCUUGGAUGGGAAUAGUCGGCCCGAACUCUGCCCAGAGACGUCGUGGGCGACAGACCUACAGCCGCUACCAGACCCUAGAGCUGGAGAAAGAGUUUCAGUUCAAUCACUACCUGACCCGCAAGCGUCGCAUAGAAAUAGCGCACUCGCUGUGUCUGACGGAGCGGCAGAUCAAGAUCUGGUUCCAGAACCGUCGGAUGAAGCUGAAGAAAGAGAAGCUGGCCAUCCAGGAGCUCAACAGUAAUUGCAAAACUGAGUUCAAGGACGAGGAUGACCUCAGCGAUGAUGGCGAUUGCAGGUGAAAGAUCACUUGCUCCGAUCAAGGUUAAUCGAUCCCAGAGAUCGGCUUUACUGUAAUAGUGUAUGUAGCGACGUCAUUCGGUCGGUUGUGCUCUGUGCGGAUCGAUGAAACGACUUUGCAAAGAUGACCACACUUGCUUGUUGUGGUCGGUACGGGUCGAUGAAACGACUUUGAAAAGAUGACCACACUAGCAUGUUUUGGUCCAUACAGAUUGGUAAAAGGACAGCACAGACGGCCACACGUGUACUGUAUGGAGCAUCUCACAUUUUAAGUAACUGACCACACAAGUGACCACACACGUGACCAACCUUAAAGCGUCAGCUAAAAAAAAAAGUAUACCAUCGACAAAUACUAUGUCAUUGGCAAAGUCAAACAAUGAGACUUCGACAUGAAGGAAAUGAACGCUUUAAUCCCUCGCGUAAGUGUGUAGUAAUAAAGGCUUCGAUAUACAGUAUAGACAUUCAGUCUCAAGAUUUACAGAAAUGUAUUAUCAAAUUAGUUACAGUAACCGCUUGGUGAUUGUUUCCACCAACGUAGUCAACGAGAAAACGGCCCAAGUUAAAGGACGUAACAUUCUAGCUUUAACGCUGGCUUUUGUUUACCUAGCGCUUUUGUUUUCAUUACAAUCAGAAACGUAAUUGAUUGUGUGGGUAGUCACUUCUCUUCAAGAAGUUAGUCACUUCUUCCGCAAAGAAUUGUCUCGCUGUUGUAUCACUAUGGAAACGGAGUCAUUUAAUCUAUGAAUAUAAAUAUCAACUUUUGCUGUGACCUGGAUGUAGCUGUAUCUUGUGUGUGUUACGUAAUGAGUGCCAGGUAUCCACCAACUGCCAGUUGAUCUACAUUUCAAUGUCAUGCUUAGGACAACUCAGUGUGUGUUUUUGUUCCUUCUCAUCCACUUGUCGUGUCAAUGCAAAUGGACCGCCACCAAGUCUGAAACUGUAAAUAGACACCAUUUCGACAAAUGCUUUUCUUGGCUUCUACUGGAACCAUGGAUAUGUAUACGUGCGUGUUUACGUUCCGAGAAUUCACUGCACUUAUUCAUAAUCUUAUCACCUGGCAUUUGUUGAACAAUUGCAGCCACACCUUCUAUCUGCAUUCAACAAACCACAACUUACAAAAGAACGACGUACCUUUAAAUGUUUUACAUGUUUCAAAUGUUCCUUCCGAUUUGAAAAAAAAUUAGGAUACAUUGUGGCAACGAUAAACAUUCUCAAAUAAAACUAUCUUCGUUGUCCUUGUAUCUGAGCUGACAUGAUAAGGAUGUAAUUGUGUAAUUAAAAUAUUACACAAACUGUACAAUGUAAUCAUAUUCAAUAGAUCAUGAAGAUAUUGAUUGUAUAGCAUUUGCCCGAUGACAAGAUGAAAUAUUUAUAGAAAUCUUUUUCAAUCAUUCUUUAACCCAAACAUUUGAUUUGUUGACUAGUAUUUAGAAUAUCCUUAGAGAAAGAAAUAAAGGAUAAUUAACUUCACUCAACAUUAAAAUAGCUUAAGCCUAAUUUAGCAGUCAAAUGACUUAACUUUAUUUAACCGUCAAAUUUAACUUUAUUUAACAGUCAAAUGACUUAGCUUUACUUAGCAGUCAAAUGACUUAACUAUAUUUAGCUGUCAAAUGUUUAAUCUUUAUUUUGCAGUCAAAUGACUUAACUUUACUUAGCAGUCAAAUUACUUAACUUUGCUUAGCAGUCAAAUGACUUAGCUUUACUUAGCAGUCAAAUGACUUAACUUUAUUAGGCAGUAUAAUGGCUUAACUACUUUUAGCGGUCCAACUAGCCGUAUAAUAUUUCAUGAUUCAAAUUCAAGGAGAAUAAAUGUAACAAUUUUGGAGAGUGUCCUCAAUGUCCCAGUGAUAAAUAGAUGAUUGUAUUGUUUGAUUAAUGUAUAUUUGUGAGCCAAUAGUAUUUCUGUUCAUAUCAAAUCUAGAUAUAACAAUUACUUAUCCUGAUCAAUUAUUAUUGAUCUACUCUACCUCCCAUAGUUGAUUGCUCGCUUUAAACUAUUUUAGAUAUUUUUUAAAGCCAUUUUAGACAAUUUUAAAACUAUAUUCAGUCAUUGUUUUAAUUAAAACAAAAGUAACAAAUCAAAUAUUUUGAUAACAGAGUAAAAUAUUUGUCAACUUUUUUUCCUGAAUGUGUGACUAUUGAAGAAGCAAAAAAUGUGUUCAUAUUUGAUAGAAAUUGAACUUUCCAGAAACGUCUGAUUCUUCGAUUCUGCCCUAAAAUAUGUAAAAUUGAUUACAUUCUAGUUUCUUAAAGUUUGUUUUUCAUCUUGAACAUCCAAAUAAGUUAAACUCUGGACUAAAAUGAACAUCCAAAUAAGUUAAACUCUGGACUAAAAUGAACAUCCAAAUAAGUUAAACUCUGGACUAAAAUAAUAAUUUUUUAAUCAAAUACAUUAAAGUCAAGUUCCCCAUCAGACCGUACGAUCUAUAGGGCAAAUGAUGUCAAGUUCCCCAUUCAGACCGUACGAUCUAUAGGGCUAAUGAUGUCAAGUUCCCCAUUCAGACCGUACGAUCUAUAGGGCAAAUGAUGUCAAGUUCCCCAUUCAGACCGUACGAUCUAUAGGGCAAAUGAUGUCAAGUUCCCCAUCAGACCGUACGAUUUAUAGGGCAAAUGAUGUCAAGUUCCCCAUCAGACCGUACGAUCUAUAGGGCAGAUGAUGUCAAGUUCCCCAUCAGACCGUACGAUCUAUAGGGCAAAUGAUGUCAAGUUCCCCAUCAGACCGUACGAUCUAUAGGGCAGAUGAUGUCAAGUUCCCCAUCAGACCGUACGAUCUAUAGGGCAGAUGAUGUAAAGGUCAUUUGUUUUGUGGCCCACGGUGACGAUGGUGUCAUGUGGCCAACACAACGACCAACCGCCUUUUCUUUUCCCCAACUAAAUACAUUAGAGGACUCAGAGGCGCCCUGAAGACCCCGAAUUUAAAAAAAAUUAAAAAACGAGGAUUCGAACUCGGGACCCGUCGGUUCGGAAUCAUUAACCACCUUAUAUCAGUCUUCACAUUUCAAUUUGAGGCAUUUUUUUUGUGCUUUUCCUGAUAAAGACUAAAUGUAACUAGAGAACGUGAGUUUUGUUCAGAAUGUAUUUAGUUAUUUACAACUUUAACUAUUAUAUAUACAUAACUGUAACGGAAGUAUUUUUAUUGACAAGUCUCUUGGAGAUAACUCUGUUUAAGUGUAUGGUAUGUACCAAAAUAUAAAUUUUAUGAUAUAUUUAUAUAUAUAUAUAUAAGAAUAUUUGUAUUAUGUAAAUGUAUGUUAAUUUAUAUAUAAGUUUUAACCUAUCGUGAACCUUUAUUUGCCAAAAUUAAAAUGUGUAUUAAACAUGCGAGAAUAUUUUGUUUGUAUAUGUAUAUUAUUUAUGCCAACUCUAAAUAUACUUUUUUUUUUUUUACAAAUAUUAUUUACUGUUCGAUAAUUAGGUUCUUAUCUUAUAAAUGUUAGUAGACAUUUUUUGUUACGUCGUUUUGUUUCACUUUGAUGUCAUGUAAUAUUUGACCACCACCUGACCAUGCCCACUUGACCAUCACCUUGCUGCUGUAUGAGUGAUGCUGUAAUCAUCUUUUUUUUUUUUUGAAGUAACGUCUGUAUUAUAUAAGAUAAGAUAAGAAGUAACGUCUGCAUUAUAUAAGAUAAGAGUGACCACUGAAUAGAUUUGCUGUGAUGUGGUAUACAUUUAGUGUAUGGUUACCCAUGCUUCUGUCUUUGAUAUCGAUACUACACAAUACCACAGCCUAGCACAUAUCCACUCCCAGGAGGCAUGUUACGUGAAUUGUACUCGUAAAUCUUAAUCUAAAUUUGUAAAGCCAUUUUAAAACAAAAAUAUUUCUGUUUUAUACCUUUGUAGACUGCAUCGAUUUAUUGCAAGAGGAUAUCUGCAGCGUCUAUAAAGAUCUAAUCUGGUUUCCGUAACAAUUUUCGCUGAAUAUGUACAGAGCAGCUUGCCAGACAGGACAGUACCACCUUAAUAUUAAUAUAGGAGGAAUGAGAGAGCCCCGUAUAUAUGAACACACAUGACUGUACAAUGUACAUAGGAACAGGAAGUUACGUGUGUAUAAGAUAAAAAUAGACAUACACACUGAUCCAAUCAGCUAUAAAUUUGACAGUGCAAUGUUGUUUUCUUGUUUGUAUAGUCAUUGACACCCCGCCCCCCCCCCCCCCACUACUCACAAACUUACAUUUUAUUGACAUAAAACUUACAUUUUUUGUGAAGGCUGUAUACUUCUAAAUAUAACGCCAGUACAUUUCUGAUAUGCAGAAUUGUAAGAUAGUUUUUAAAGGUCCUUAUUUGCCAAUCUUGGGGGGGAAAAAAAGUAUUUUCCAUAUAGAUCGAGUGAAAGGGAUGGACCAAUGCACAAAUAAUCCAACUAUACUAUGUAUAUUUCGAUGUAUUAGCUCAAUUGUACUAAUUUUUUUCCAUGCUAUCUUUUUAUUUCCCUUGAGCUGACAAUAUUUUCUUUUUCAAUGCUAAAACAAACGAAUUUUCAUUAGGACUUAGAGUAAACUAUUCUCUGCCAUGUCUGUAGUGACCACUACAUUAAAAGAUCCAACUUAAAUGUACAUUUAUUCAAAAAUGUAAAACAAAGUAGGUCAACGAGUGGUCUCUCUCUAGUUGGAGUACGUGUCAUGUCUUGAUACUUGCUUACUAGUGAGCUAGUGAUUUCUUUCAGAUUUUCAAAGUAUUGAAUUCAGAGUUAAUAUUCUAAGACUUUGUCCGCAUUCGGAACUUUGUUGUCCUUACAUGGACUAAUAUUUUGUCCAUAUUGUUGUAACUCUUGGGUAGGCACUCAACGUAACAGCAGGCAACACAACACAGUGUAACAGGAAAUAAAGACAGGUGUUUAUUCACUAGGACAAACACAUAGCAUCCUUCAGCUUCCUCAGAGUCUUUCUACUAAUUUACCAGUCCUUUAGACAGCAACCCGAAUGUGGACCAACGACAGCCUUCCCCGCUUCGCUCCUUCAGGCAGCACCAAAAGCUGGCUUCUUAGUUUCCAAACAUUCAGACUCUUCGCAAUCCCUGAUGCACUGUUCUUCUCUCCAUUCUAGUCUCUUCCUGUUUACGUUCACUAGUGCGCUCGUGCGCACCUCAAGCACUGGUGCAAGGCAGGGUUACAACAAUAUUUAAAAACAAAUAAUUUAAGCAGUUCUCUACCAGUACAAUAGUUCUAGAGUUAUUGAGUUUCCAAUUUUUUGUUAGAGGCUGGCAGGUUUUUAUCGUAAGCUUCUUACAGCUCAAUCUGCGAUCUUUACAAUCUGAUUACGUCAUAUCGGUGGGUUGCGAUAGAAACCUAGAAGCGGACAGGAGUUGAUAGCAAAAAAUGUCUCAAAUAUUAUUUCAGGGCAAGUUUCUAUAGGAGUUGAUAGCAAAAAAUGUCUCAAAUAUUAUUUCAGGGCAAAUUUCUAUAGGAGUUGAUAGCAAAAAAUGUCUCAAAUAUUAUUUCAGGGCAAGUUUCUAUAGGAGUUGAUAGCAAAAAAUGUCUCAAAUAUUAUUUCAGGGCAAGUUUCUAUAGGAGUUCAUAGUGGAAAAUGUCUCAUAUUAUUUCAGGCGAGUCUCUAUUGUUUCUCCUCGAUAAAAUGAGAUUUUCGUAAUUUGUAUACAACUCUAGUAGCAGUUCUUUUCUUCUUGGCUUCAUGUGUAGACUUUUAAAAUCGCAGAAGUCAGGUUUGACCUGAUUUGACAUCUUUAUGUUAACAUCCUACUGUGUAGUCUUGGCUUCGUCACAGCUUGUUCUAUACACAUUACUUUGCCCUGCUUAUCCACCCUUGAGUCGACCUUUUCGGUACGCCUACAAUCAAAGUAUCAUUAGUAACUAAACACAUUUCACCCACACCACUACAAUCUACUAUUUCGCUUCAAUCAUUGUGUAAUUCAUUCAGAAUCUCGACGUGUGGGUGGGGACUGGUUCGGUCUUUCACUUCUGUGCCGACCUUCUUGCCCAAUCAGUUUCCGCUUUGUAGUUCUUGUGUUAUCUCGCCCUAGAGUUGGGUUGGUGGCUUAAUCCCUUUAGCCGCUUGGCAACAGAUGUCCACCGCUUUGCGUCAAAGCCUCGUUCCAGGUGUUGAUCGAGUUUAAGUAGAAAAAGUCAGUUAGCUUGGAGUGGGCGCUCUUCAGAAAUGUAGUUGGUCUAAUAUAUAUUUUUUUUAAAAUAAUAGUAGGCCUAAGUCUGAUAUAUAUAUAUAUAUAUAUAUAUAUAUAUAUAUAUAUAUAUAUAUAUAUAUAUAUAUAUAUAUAUAUAUAUAUAUAUAGCUUAAGUCAUGGGUUAAUUGUAUGGAUUAAUUUUUCGAUAAAGUUCCUUAACUUUGUUUGAAUCUUUUUGUGUUAUAAUGUCUUAAUAGUAAAAGUUUUGUUUUGCUUGCAUCUAAAAUGAUUACCGUUAAAUACAUAAGCCAUUUAUACAAUUUACCAAAUUUGUAUUUUAUAAUAGAGAAAUUGUGCACUUAACCAGUCUUCGCAGUAGAAAAAAAAAUCUGAAUUCAUACAAUCGUAUUCUUGACAGAAAAUGUAUGUUCUUAUUAUGUGUGUAAUCCAUAGACAUAAAUAAAUAUAGACUGGCCGAAGGAAGUAACGUCAUGUAACUUGAAAACAUGUAUAUCUAUUGUAUUCGGAUUUCCGAAUUAUGAAAAAAUUGCAUGAUCUUCAUUUUUAGAGAUUAAACAAAACUACACUGCCUCCUUAUUUACAAUAUAUAUAUAGACUCUAGGUGUGUGGCUGAAAUAGAUAUGAAUACUUAACUUGUAUACUGCUCAUAAAUGCUGUAUAAUAAAGUACAAAAAAAUGGAGAGUCACACAUUUUUGUUUCAUAAAACUCUUUAAUCGGCCAGUCUCUAUUUAUUUAUGUCUAUGGUGUAAUCCUUAUGUCCAGUGUUUCCCAUUAUGAAUAUAAAAGUACACAUGAUGUGUGUGUGUGCGUAAGUGUGCGUGUCUUUGUCGAGGCGUGUGUGAUAGAUCUGACAUUGAAGAAUUACGUAUCUGUGCGUGUGUGCGUAUGAGCUAAUGUGACAUCUGUCUGUGUGGUCCAGUCCAGACAGACAGCAGACGAGAACGAUAAACCUUAUGAAACGAGAAUAGAGCCCAAAUUUGUCCCACAUGUAACCCCCCCCCCCCCCAAAA